CCACCGACAACGGGAGCAACGUUGUUAAAGCGGCCCAACUGCUAAAAUGGCUGAGGAUGCAAUGCUUUGGUCACCGACUUCAUUUGGCCAUUGGACAUGGCAUGGAUGAUCACCGCAUCACAAGGUGCAUUGCGCUGUGCAAGAAAAUGGUCAGCAGCUUUUCCUAUAGCUGGAAACGGAGGAGAGAAUUGGCUGAGGUGCAGAUUCAGCUGGGUCUACCGACUCACCAGCUCAUCACAGAGUCAGCCACACGUUGGGGAUCGAGACAGCAGAUGAUCAGCAGGGUCCUGGAGCAAGAGGCAGCCCUCUCCAAAGUCCUGUUUGCUGACAAGAAGUCGAGACAUCUUGUCCUUAACUGGCAGGACGUAGAGGUCCUGCAGGCAGUCCAGAAAGUCCUGAAGCCCCUUCAUGACUUCACAGACGCUCUCUCCGGUGAAGAGUAUGUCACCCUCUCCUACGUCAGGCCUGUGCUACACCUCUUCAACUCAAGUCUCCUAAUACGGGAAGAGGAUGAUAGUGAGCUGUGUAGGUCGAUCAAGACCAGAAUCUUGGAUUACCUUAAUGCCAAGUAUGCUGACCCAGACACAAGUGACCUUUUGGAUAUGGCAUCACUUGCGGAUCCACGUUUCAGGGUCCAAUACAUCCCAGGUGAAAGAGUUGAGGCACUGAAACACAGAGCUGUGUUGGAGGUGGAGGCCUUGCAGGCUGAUUUGGGCGGCGGUAAGCCGGACCCGGCUGGCCCUGUGCCAGAGGAACCAGGAAUGCCACCACCAUCCACAAAGAAGAAGUCACUGGCCAGCUUCUUCAAGCAGAGCACAGCCACCAACACCAGGCUGACACAGAGGGAGGCGAUUGAAAGUGAGCUUACAAGCUACUUACAGUCAGCUAUCAUCGACCACGACACAGAUCCUCUCCAAUGGUGGAAGAUGCAUGCCGAUAUUUUUCCAGCACUGAGCCUCCUGGCAAAAAAGUACCUUUGCGCACCAGCAACCAGUUCCCCUUCUGAAAGGGUUUUCAGUUGCAGCGGCAACAUUGUCAACUGUCACAGGGCAUCCCUGAAGCCUGAGGCGGUUGAUAGACUAGUUUUCCUUGCACAAAACCUGUAAAAUAUAAGAGCACUGCAAAUGAGAAACGUUUUUUUGGCCUGUUCUGUUG